CACACCCACUUUCUCUCUCACCUGUUUUCUCUCUCCUCUUUGAACCUCAUCUUAGGGUUUUGUUAUUCUUCUUUGUUCUUCUUUGUCGAUGAAGGAUUCGAUUUCGGAUCUGUUUGACCCGGUUAUGGUGAUGGAGUCCGAGUGGUCUCGCGGCAGUUCCACUUCCGACGCCGAUUUCGCCUUCGCUUUCAACGACAGUAAUUUCUCCGACAGGGUUCUCCGGAUCGAGAUCAUGUGUGAUCCGGUUGAUACCCGACCCGAUAUCGAGGGUGUCACCACCAUAGCCGACUGGGCGCGCCACCGCAAGAGGAGACGCGAGGAUAUCAAGAAGGAAAACGGUCUCUCUCUCUCGGAUGUAACUCCAUUGCCCGACGAGCAAAUUUUGAAUGGGAAUCAACCUGAUAUGGAUGAUUGUGUGGCCUGUGAAAAUCAAGAUGAAGAGGCUGUUGCAAUGGUUGAAGAAUGCCCUUCAGGUGAUGAAGCUGCAAAUAGCAAUGAUUCAAACUGGAGCAUGGAUUGCUCAGCAGGUGCACUUGUUAAAGUUAAAACACUACAUAUUAGUUCUCCAAUCUUGGCUGCUAAAAGUCCUUUCUUCUAUAAGCUUUUCUCAAAUGGGAUGAGGGAGUCAGAACAGAGACAUGUCACCCUCAGAAUCAAUGCCUCUGAAGAAGCUGCUCUCAUGGAGCUACUGAAUUUUAUGUACAGUAAUACCUUGAAAAUGACUACAGCACCUGCUUUGCUGGAUGUUUUGAUGGCUGCUGAUAAAUUUGAAGUUGCUUCAUGCAUGAGAUACUGUAGCCGGUUAUUGCGGAAUAUGCCCAUGACUCCUGACUAUGCAUUGCUUUACCUAGAGCUUCCUUCUAGUGUCUUAAUGGCUGAUGCAGUCCAACCAUUGACUGAUGCAGCAAAGCAGUAUCUUGCUGGUCGUUACAAGGAUUUAAGCAAGUUCCAGGAAGAGGUUAUGGCCUUGCCCCUAGCUGGAGUUGAGGCGAUAUUGUCUAGUGACAAUCUCCAGGUUGCAUCAGAAGAUGCUGUAUAUGACUUCGUUUUGAAGUGGGCUAGACAACAGUAUGGCAAAUUGGAAGAAAGGCGAGAAGUCCUGGGUACAAAGCUUGCGCGAUUAAUUCGCUUCCCUUACAUGACCUGCCGAAAGCUUAAGAAGGUCUUAACCUGUAACGACUUUGACCAUGAUGUUGCAUCCAAGCUUGUACUUGAGGGCCUAUUUUUCAAGGCUGAGGCUCCACAUCGCCAGCGGUCACUGGCAGCAGAAGAGUCUGCUUCCUCGAACCGUCGCUUUGUGGAGCGGGCAUAUAAGUAUCGCCCCGUUAAGGUGGUAGAAUUUGAACUUCCCCGGCAGCAGUGUGUGGUGUACUUGGAUCUGAAGCGGGAGGAGUGUAACAAUUUGUUCCCAUCUGGCCGGGUUUAUUCUCAGGCAUUCCAUUUGGGUGGACAGGGGUUUUUUCUAUCAGCACAUUGCAACAUGGACCAACAGAGUUCUUUUCAUUGCUUUGGACUGUUUCUGGGAAUGCAGGAAAAGGGCUCGGUAAGCUUUGCAGUUGAUUAUGAAUUUGCUGCGAGGUCUAGGCCAACAGAGGAAUUUGUUAGCAAGUACAAAGGCAACUACACAUUCACGGGGGGAAAGGCGGUUGGCUAUAGAAACUUAUUUGCGAUUCCAUGGACUUCGUUCAUGGCUGAGGAUAGUCUUUACUUCAUUAAUGGUGUCCUCCACCUUAGAGCCGAACUCACCAUCAGACAUUGACCCCCUAUUUCUAUUCGCAAACUUUCAUUCCAAUUGGUACCCCUAACCUUUUUUUAGUAGUCGAUUUCUCAUCUUCUGUUAACCUGCUGUAAUCUAUUAAAAAGUUUUAAUAUCCAGGGUAUGUGCACAAGGUGGCUAGUGUUACAUGAGAUCGAAAUGAUGAUCAGGACCGUGGUUUAUCAUCUAGAUGAUGUUUAGUGUUAUCUAGGUUCUUCUGUGAACCUGCCUUCUAUUUCCGUGAUUCGCUCAAAAACUCUGUUUCUAAGUUGAUUUGAUUUCAUACUUUACAUGGCCCGAGUCUUUCUGGUGCAUGGGCACUAUCUAGGUCUCGAGAGAGAGUAAAUCUCUGAAUUUGUUUUUGAAAAAUUAAGGUGCACAUUAGUUUUUGGAA